AAAAUAUAUUGAUGAUUUUCUAUCAAUGAGAUCAUAUAGCAUUUUGUUUUUACCGCGAGCUUUUAUUUUGAAGGCGGAAUCGAAAACAGGAAGUCUACAUUCUGGCCAGCUGUUACAAAAGCAAUCGUCAGUUCCAUUUUCCCGAUAGGUUGGAAUGUGUGCUGUCCAAUGAGAACAGAGGUGGUAUUUUUGAUUCUCAACGGUUUGGCUACAUUGCAAGUCUGCUACGGGCCACUGACGAGGACAAUCUGAACCUCACUGCCAUUGAUCUCUGGGGUCACACAUGUUUCUGCUUUGAAGCAUAAAGCACGGAAUCUGCCACCUGGCUCUGUGGAGCAAAGAAGUACCCUAAGAGACACCAGCAGUGUCAAUUAGUCCCAUUCCACUGAUGUCAGGCCUAUUGAUGCUAAGUUAAGCAACCAAUUUGUAAGGAAGAUCCCAUUCAGUCUGAAAGCAGCCCAGAGAUGACCAGUCAGACAGCUCAACUGAAUUGUCCAACUAUCCACCUUGAGUGCCCCGGGCCAAAUACAGACGUCUCCAGUAUGUCACUCCAGAUGGAGACUCUGCCAGACCCUAGUGUUGUAAGUGGAGAAACUUCACCUCUCUCAGACAGCUGUCUUUCAUCUACAUCAUCACAGCACAGUGGUAUCAGUGGGGAGCCCGGAGCCAAGCGGUGGUCCUCUAACCCAAGAACCAUGAUCAUCCCUAUUUUAAAACCCAUCCAUCUGGGAUUCAACAGGCAGAAGUCCUACUCCCCAAUUUUGAGUCCCAUGCAUGCCUCAAAGACCUUCAGGCUUGAAGAUGAAUCUUUCCCGAACUGCACUGGAGAAAGUUUAUUUGAGGACACUAUAGACUCCUGCUUUUUGCCUAUUGUGGUGGAGCCCAAGGGGGGCAGCUCUACAAUGGAUUUGUCACACACACCUCCGGAGACUUGCGUUUCUAUGAAAGAGAGUUUCACUAAACCAGAGGAUGCAAAUACAGAUUUGCCAAGGGGCUCUAAUUUUAGUCUCAGUUUGCAGGGAAGUCCUGCACCAACAGCUCUCGGGGAGACUAUAUCAAUCAAUAGCUGUUACAAAGCUUCCCUGGAGGGCACACAUGACAUAUCUGCAUUUGAGGGCAGCAAAGAAAGUCUGCAUUCCUUAGAACAUAAGGUACAGAACCUGACCACCAAGGUUGCCAUGUCUGCUGUGGUCCGAAAUUCAAGUGUUACCUCUUCCUGUCUCUCAAAUGCUAAUGUCACACACAUAAUUUGCCCUGAUAGUGAGAUGUCUGCGUCCUAUACGGUGCCAUUGUCCUCGUCAUCACACAAGGAACCAGAUGUUGACAAGAGUGUGAACGGCACUGUGGAACUUAUGGUUGGACCAACACUGGAGCCCGAAACUGGGACCAACUCCACUAUGGUCCUUACCGAGCCCAGUGUCACAACUACUGCGCUGGAGUCUGUGGAGAUUAGUAGGCCACUGAAAGACACUUUUGAAGCUUGCCCUACUAUGAAGUUCAAUGCAACCACUGAGCAAGAGACUUAUGAUGGUACCAAACAACCUCUAAACAAUACCUUUCAAACUAACCCUCAUUUAAAUGCAGCCACUGAGCCAGUGACCAUUGUUGGCAAUUCACGCCCCCCUUUUCAAACUGACCACGAACCAACAAAAAGUUCUGAAGUCGAUGUCUGUGAACAUACGGUACAGUCCCAACCAGGCCCGUCCGGGAGAGAUGGUGACCCCUUCACCUUGGACGACACCCUGGCGUUUGGUCCCAACUUUCUGCUCACAUCCACUCCCAUGGGUACAUCUAAGGCUUUAAGGAAACCAGAGAGACCCUCAGAUGUGUGGAAAAUGUUAUCUUCGGGCUCCCUGCCAAAACCAGCCAAACCACUGCUGUCUCUAAACUCGCCAUUUAUAGGAAGACGUUCCUUCAGCCCACGAGUGUCCCCUCUAAUCCCAAAUCACUGCUACCCCCACUGAGAUCUGUGUCCCAGCUUCCAUCACUGACUUGCCCACCAAAGACCAAGACAGCCCCCGUGGCUUCAGCCCCCUCGGAGCCAUCCUCUGCCAUACCCAGCACAAGACGCAAAACACAAGCAGAUGCCUCGGGACAUGCUGCGGUCACUGUUUCUCAGCAGGUCUCGACAGAUAAAACUUCCAGUAGUAGGUGUAGCACAAUUGCAGAAUCGAAACUGACGAGCACUGGCCUGAGGAAACCUCAAUCCUAUGGCACUCAGAGAUCCAUAGCUAGCCUCAGGCAUCCUGCAGUAAGAGCUAUGGCAACCCGCUCCACUGAAAACCCCAGCCUCGCUUCAGGUUUAAAUGGAAGGAAUCUACAAGCACCCAACCAAGGCCAGAAGCACUUGCCAACCAGCAGUGAUGCUUUUCCUGUAGCAAAGAGGAAAAAAAUGGGGUGUCCAAAGUGUGUGCUACUUCAGCAAGAACUGGAGAUGUGUCGUCAAGAAAAUGAGAGGCUGCAAGCAGGAUGUCGGUGGGUGGCGCUGGGAGGAUCGUCUGCGAGAUGGGACACACCUUGGCUCAGGGAGGCUGAGGGCUUCAAAGAUCAAGGAAAUGCUUUCUACGUCAAGAAGGAUUAUUCUGAGGCAUUUAACUACUACACAAAGGCCAUUGAUGCAUGUCCUAAAAACGCCAGUUACUAUGGAAACCGGGCGGCCACCCUCAUGAUGCUGUGCCGCUUCCGAGAGGCCCUGGUGGACUCCCAGCGGGCUGUGCGGCUGGACGACUGUUUCAUGAAGGGCCAUCUGCGAGAGGGCAAGUGUCACCUGUCUCUGGGCAACGCCAUGGCAGCCAGCCGCUGCUUUCAGAAGGUCCUGGAACUGGAGCCCAGCAACAGCCAGGCGCAGCAGGAGCACAAAAAUGCCACAGCAGUACUGGAGUACGAACGAAUGGCAGAACUUGACUUCGAAAAGAGGGAUUUCAGAAAGGUGGUGUAUUCUAUGGACAAGGCCCUGGGAUUGGCGUCCACCUGCCAUCGCUUCAAAAUCCUUAAGGCUGAGUGUUUGGCCCUACUGGGUCGCUACCUAGAAGCCCAGUCUGUGGCCAGCGAUAUAUUGAGGAUGGACUCGACUAACGGAGACGCUCUGUACGUGCGAGGCCUGUGUCUGUACUACGAGGAUUGCAUUGACAAAGCUGUGCAGUUCUUCGUGCAAGCACUGCGCAUGGCCCCAGACCACGAGAAGUCUCGUCUAGCUUGCAGAAAUGCUAAAGCUUUGAAAGCCAAGAAGGAGGAGGGAAACAAAGUGUUCAAGGACAGCAACUUUGAGGCAGCCUACCGGCUCUACUCAGAGGCCCUGGCGAUAGACCCCAACAACAUCAAAACCAACGCCAAGCUCUACUGCAACAGAGGCACCGUCGGGGCUAAGCUGAAUAAACCUGAUCAAGCAAUCGAAGAUUGCACAAGUGCAAUAAAGUUGGACGACACAUAUAUCAAGGCCUAUUUGAGACGAGCCCAGUGUUAUAUGGACAUCGAACAGUAUGAAGAAGCUGUACGGGACUAUGAAAAGGUCUACCAGACAGAGAAGACAAAAGAACACAAGCAUCUCUUGAAGACGGCUCAGUUGGAACUGAAGAAGAGCAAGCGGAAAGAUUACUACAAGGUUCUGGGGGUGGGAAAGAAUGCCACAGAAGAUGAGAUUAAGAAGGCCUAUCGGAAACGGGCCCUCAUGCACCACCCAGAUCGUCACAGUGCGGCCACGCCAGAGGUACAGAAGGAGGAGGAGAAGAAGUUUAAAGAGAUGGGCGAGGCCUUCACUGUGCUCUCUGACCCCAAGAAGAAGACUCGCUAUGACUGCGGCCAUGACCUGGAGGACGACAGCAAUAAUAUGGGAGAUUUCAAUGCCAACAACAUCUUCAAGACCUUUUUUGGAGGCCCAGCAGGAGGAUUCAGUUUUGAAUCCAAUCAAAACCAAGCACCAGGAAAUGUAUUUUUUCAGUUUGGCUAGAAAUGAAGAAUGCCAUUGGGAAUGCUGUAGCCUUGUGGUGGACAAUAUUAAGUCGGAUGCACCGUCACAACCUGAUUUUUAUGCUCCCAAUGUUUUUUGCAAAAUGUUGCUUUCACAUGCUAAAAAGACACUCGGUGUUGUUAUCUGAGCGAGAGAGAUGGUGCUCAUCAUGCUUGGCAUCUUCAUAAAAUCUUUUUGGCUGUUGCCACCACAUUUGACAAUAUCCUCUUCAAAUUCAAACUGACAGGGUGACUUUUGGUAGGUUUAGUAACUAAGAACGUAACAAAUUAAAUAGGUUAAAGGUUAUUUGACAAGGGGGUUUUGGAAAAACUUGAAUCCUGAAGAAAUUGGCCUGAUUCUCUUUUGUGAGUAUUUGUCGCAAAGCAUGUUUUGAAGGCGUGAAAUAGUAGUACUGUUGCCAAAAUAUACAUUUCAUUGCUUGAAUGGAAAAUGUUUCCUGUACCUGGAGCAAGUAGAGCUUUGUAAAUGAACACAUGGGAGAGCAACUCUGUUGUUAGUUUUAGUAGGUCGCAUGAGUUUUUCAUUCACGCCACAUAGAGGUCUCCCCAAAAACAAAGUUGGCAUGGGAAUCAUUUGGAGGUAAAGCAGAAACUGACCUUAGGGCAGAGCCUAGGAACUACUUCAGUCCCAUGUAGAAUGAGGCCUGGUUUUCUUUCGUUGGAUUUUCCUGCAGACUCAAACUACAGUUUCAUGUUAGUCUCCAUUUUGCUCAUUGAUGCAUUGUGCAUUUUACUGGCAUGUUUUAAGUCUUAUUUUGUGCUCCUAAUUUGAUUUGAGAUUUUGUUCAGUUCUCUUAAAUGUAUUUAUUUAUUGUAUAUUCAAACUGUAUCCAUCUCAAUGACCAGUGUUGGUGAUAUUCCAUUUGAUUUCUAAUAAAUAGAAUGUAAAAAAAAAAAAAAACAUCCUUGACCCAGGUCCUCCUUGGGACUAACGAUUCUUCUGUCUGUUAUUUCUGCAUCCAAAAUCAAUGUAUGUAAAGUUUUGACCUCAUAAUAGAUAUAUUUUUCUCCAUGUGGUUUUCUAGCAUUGCUUUGGCCCCAUAAUACGAUGCAUCCGGUUUCAACUCCCAAGUCAACAUUUGAAACUUCAGCAGCCAGUCUUGUAGAUCAGUUGGUCCAGAUAAAAAUAAAAAGAUGGACAAAAUGGACAUUUGCACGCAAGACUUACAGUAUAGUCAACGUCUAAGGGACUGACUAGCUCUGGUCCAUCUGCUACACAGUUCCUCUACUAGUUUGUAG